UUGCUUUGCACCUGCCCGCUCGGGCUGGCGCUAGGGUGGAAGAGACACACGUCAUUGCGCGUGAAGUCAGCGCCACAUCACAAUGAGCGUCUUGAUUCAGCGGUAGAUUCUAGUUUAACUAAGACGAAGAAACAGAAAGGACGGCGCUGCUUUGGAGACGCUUGCGGGCCUCGACUGUACUCUUGGUGAUUUCUCUUUCACAGCACACAAGAUGUUACAGUCGCUGACGAGUAACUCGUGCGUGCGUCUCAUCCAGAGCAACAGAUCGAGUUGGUAUUUUUUUUUCCUGGUGCUUGGGUACGUCCUUUACUUGAUUUUCGGAGCCCUGGUUUUCUCCGCUGUCGAGCUGCCAUACGAGGAUCUGCUGCGUGAUGAAUUGCGAAAAGUCAAGGAUCAGUUCUUGCAGGAGAAUGAGUGCCUGUCCGAAGAGAGGCUCGAAGAGUUUCUGGUGAAGGCACUAGAAGCCAGCAACUACGGCGUGUCAGUGCUUAACAAUGCCACUUCCAAUUGGAACUGGGACUUCACGUCGGCGCUGUUUUUCGCCAGCACCGUACUGUCAACCACAGGUUAUGGCCACACUGUACCCCUUUCAGAUGGAGGAAAGGCAUUUUGUAUUAUCUACUCUAUCAUUGGUAUUCCCUUCACACUCCUAUUUUUAACAGCAGUUGUGCAACGAAUCAUGGUCUACAGUAGCCGGCGCCCUGUGAUGUAUAUCCAUACCCGCUGGGGUUUUUCUAAGCAGGUUGUUGCGUUGGUUCAUGCAUUAGCAUUGGGGUUCAUCACUGUAUCCUGCUUCUUCUUCAUCCCUGCUGCUGUGUUCUCAGCCUUGGAGGAAGACUGGAAUUUUCUUGAGUCUUUCUACUUUUGCUUUAUAUCUCUCAGCACUAUUGGUCUGGGUGAUUAUGUCCCUGGAGAAGGGUAUAAUCAAAAGUUCAGAGAGCUUUAUAAAAUUGGAAUCACGUUCUAUCUUCUUCUUGGUCUUAUUGCAAUGUUGGUAGUUCUGGAAACAUUUUGUGAGCUGGAAGAGCUGAAGCAGUUUAGGAAAAUAUUCUACAUUAAGAAGGUAAAAGAAGAGGACCAUCUGAACAUUCUUGAGCAUGACCAACUUUCCUUCUCCUCAGUGUCAGACCGAACACCUUCAAUGAAGGAAGAUAAAUUAAAUGAACCAUUUGUAGAAGUUCCUCCUUUAUCUUAUAAUGCCACAGAUGGCUCCAUAAAUAGAUAGUAUCCAUCAAUAUAAAGUUACCUGCACUCCACAUGCUGUUGAGUAUUAUUUCUUAUGUGAAAUGUUAUAUUCUAAAUACUAAACAGAAAUAAUAAGGGAAUCUGAAAAUGUAAGUGUAUUUAUUUUAUUCAUAAAUACGUGUACUUGAUGUAUUUAACUUUAGUGAAGUAUUGUAUAUUUUUGAAUUUUCUGCUUUAGAUUGAAGAAAGUUAGAUUUCAUAAAGGAAAAAUUCUAUUUAGUUAAAAAAGUGUGACAGUAUACUUAUCUGUAACAUUGUUGUUAUAAAAGUAUUGUCAUAGUUAUUGAUAGUACAUGUAGAUAUUCAAUAUCCCAUAGCCUUUGCAAGAGUUUUCAGUGGUUGGACUUAGUGAAUCUCAGAAGAAUGUGUUAACAGUUGCAUAAUCUUCUGGGUAACAUGGUGGGAAGGAUAUAGUAAAAAGGAUUAAAUUGUUUAAAGUUUAACAGUGUUGGAUAUCAGUUUUCAAUUUGCACUACACAGUCUCACACAUUAGUGAUUUCAUGAAUGCAUCCCUUCAUAAUUUGAAAUUUAAAACCCGGAUUCAGAUAGUGAAUGGCUAUGGUGAAAAUUGCAAACUAAUGGUGUAUGGUGUGUUGCCUACAGUGAUUAAAUAGCCCCAUUAAGAUAUAUACAGUAUAUAUAAUAUCAUUUCACUUGAUGUUUAAAAUGGUUAUAUGGUGCUUAACUGCACCAUUUCCAUAGUGCCUUCUGCAAAGAAGAAAGUCUACUGGACUUCAAAAAAUUUAAAAUGCUUUUUUUUGUCAAUAAACUUCAGAUUACAGAAAAACUGGAACCAACUUUCCAGGUAAAUAAUGAAAAUAAGCUUUAAAGGUUUAAUGUCCCUUAUUAACAUUAUUAUCACUACAGCAACUAUAAGACAGUUGUUCAUUGAUGUAAUGCCCUGUUUAACAAAUAAUCACAUCUUCUGCUUUAUAUUGCUCACACUGUCUUGGGAUAUGCACCAAGUUCAAAUUUGUUAUCAUAUGUACUGUAUAUAUAAAAUAAAAUGAAAGUCUCACUUGCAUGUGUCCUAUGAUUGAUCACACUUAGUCUUAAAUUGUGCCUGUAACUGACACAUUUUCAUGGAAUUAAACUAAUACCUUACUCUCUGCAUAAUACACGGCAAGAACAUUUCUGUGAAUUGUUUGUUUCUGUAGUUUGUUGAUGAUAAUACUGCACCUGUCAGCUAUUGCCAAUGGAAAGGGAAAGGGAAAAAUCCUUAAAAUUAAUUGUAGACAAGUGCUUUUUAUUAGGUAGAGUUAUCAGUACAACUAAACAGCAAGCUAAUGCAACUGCUAGUCAGAUGUCAGGGAAAAUGAAAAGAGUCUGACAUUAAAUGGAAAUUUGUUUAAAUGUCUCUUAAAGGGAAAUGACUGAACUUGGCUUGGCUUAUUUUUUUCCAAUGGAUGCAAAAUGAGUUUUAGCAUCACAAGAAACAAAAUUCCAAGUCUUUUUACCAUUAUGUUGCAUGUAUACUUUUUAAGAUGUUGUUAAUCAAAUCCUAGCCAAAUACCUAAACUGUAUCAUUUUUGCUGGCUGCUGAAAACAGUUUCUUUUACUGUUCAUAUAAGCAAUAUGCAAAAAAUAAAGCCACAGCUGGAAUGUUAUCAGCUGCUAAACAAUUUGUGUUUAACAUAGUGCCUUUCGUAUCAAACAGCAUAAUAUCUGUGUACACGUAAAAUCUUUAGAGCCCAGGUGACCAAUUAAUAAGUCACACAGCUUGGCUAAAUUUGAUGGUUGAUUAAAAUGAUGUGUUUUUACUUUGUUUACCAGAUCUGGUUGCUUAUCCAUAGAGUUGUAUGUCAUAGGUCCAAUUUACAGCUUUUGUCAACACACCCUGACCUUGAUUGCAUAUGACAGCAUAUGCAGGCAAAACAUUUUUUAUCAGAAAACCACUAAUUAGAUUUGCAGGAAACCUUAAUUGGCAUCCUAGAUAAAACAAACAGUUAUCUUAUUUAGUGUACAUGUACUGGUGCCUUGUGUAGAGUUGUUUAAUGCCUUCUAUUCACAGCUACUUUGUAAGGCUUUGACACCUCAUUGCCUUCAGUGGGAUUAUAGAGAAAAGAUGGAUUAAUGAAUAAAAAAAUAGAGCAAUGUUUUGAAAAUUAAAAGUAACUAGGUAAUAAAACAAUGCUUUUUAGAAACACUUCUGUUUGGUGGCACUGUGCAAAAAAAAAAAUGUAUAUGGUUUUAUUUUGAAUUAACAGUAGGAGCAACACAAGUCCUCACGGGCAUCACCUAUUUUCAAGGAAACACUCCCAGAAAAAGGGACAUUUUGGAAAGUUAAAGAUAUUUUGCUUUGUUAUUUUAAACAAUAGUUAAUGGGUUAUUGUGUCAUUUUCUUUAAGUGCAUCAUAACUUUUAAAAUGCUUUACUCUAAAAUGCUAUACUCUUAUAGUUUUUCUUCAAACAAGACAUACUAGUUUUCUCAAGUCCCUCAUUUAUGUGUAUUUUUAUUAUUUUUAAUAUUCUGUCCUUUCUGAAAAAUCCAUUGAAUUUUUGAUUUAGUUUUGAUUGGCCAUGUUACCUGUGCAUUACUCUGUAACAUAAAAUGAGGUAUAGUGUAUUCCUGGCAGAAGAAAGGAACACACAUAAGCAUAAGAGCUGUGGCAGACAUUCUUUUUUUUCACGCAGUCUUGUUUACAUUAAAAAAAACUGUGCAUUGAAUUGUUUUCAUGAAUCAGCCUGUAUACUGGAAUGUUAAUCCUUCAUUGGUGCUCCAUUUGUUGAUUAAUGCUGUGAUUUUGAUUUGCCUAUUUAAUUAUUGUGAACAAGUUAAUAAUACAGUCUGUAUUGUGUUAUUGACAGAAUAUCACCCAGCCAUUGCAUGUAUGCUGUAAAGAAUGCAUGGAUGCGAAAACCAGUGAUUCGGGUGUAAGAAGUACAUUUUAGGUACAUUCACAUAUAGUACAAAAAAACACCUAAUGUAGCUGCCAUGUCUGUUCAUCUGUAUGUCUGGGAGCUGAGUUGUUUCACAUUAACAGAGUACCAAUUUUGUUGAAAUUUGGCUCAGUUAUUCUUGCUGUACAAAGUUUCUGAGUUUCAGAGCAUCCUAUUACAAAGCAUUGGUAAAUUUUCAAACUCGGACUAUCUUUAAACAGAGAAAUAUUCUGUACAACUUCCAUUACGGCUUAGUUCACAGUUUCAGAUUUACUUUUAGAGGGGUUACACGCUUUUAUAUUCUUAAUAUUUUCCUCUUUUACUUUAUAUUUUUCCUCUUUGACGGAAAAACGGCUACAGUCAUGCGUGCUACAUUGACUCGUGCUUGAUAUGCAGUUUGUAGAAGUGGUUCUUUUAGCUGCGCAGUGGCAUGUGUGAUCUCUUUCACAGCAGCUCACUUCUCUGCUUGAAAUCAUGGUAGGUAAGUGACCUGAUUUUAGAAGCGUGCAAGUAAAAAAAAAUGCAAGUACUUUAUGUAGAACUCAAUAAUAGAACAAGCUCCUUAUCCCAGGCUUGGUGACCCAUGCAGUGAAUAAUGUAUACUCAGGAUUUCCAUUAGACUAAAAACAACCUCACGGUUGCAUUGCCUAUACAUCAUAGUGAUUCAGUAUUUUUCUGACACUAUCACUUAUUGGUGAAGUGACACAUUGACCUGAUGAGCAUGAAAAGAUGCAGCCACCAAUUUAAAGCCAGUGGCACAUUAUGUUACUUCUAGUUGGAGGGGAUGUCAAAAUUAACUGGAUUUCAUCACCUUAGGGAUUUCAGAUUGCAUAACUACAAAUCACAGGGGGAUGACCAAUUAUAUGACUCCAUGCAGACUUUUCAACACAGUUUCACAAAGCUUCCUGCUUUCUGAAAGCCAAUAAUGUGCUUGCUAAUGGUUCUUUCCGGUUAUGGCAAAUUCAGCAGCAAUCUCAACCCUUUUAUUUUGUUUUUUCAGUUCAGUUGUGGUAUGACUAACAAGAACCCAAUGAGCCUCAUUUCUCUUUGAGAAGUCUAAAACAAUUCUUAUUUCCUUGACACUGUACAUUGUACUUCUGGGUGAGUGCUCAUUGGUCAUUGGCUCUUGUAUGCACACAAGCUCACCACUACAACUUAUUUUGUUGGGAGCACAGCAUUGUGCCAUGAAUGCCCCCCAACUCACUACAGGUUUGUAACAGCAAAAAUGUUAAGUCUCCAUCUAUGUCUUUGAAAAAUUGCAUUUUUAAGAAAUGUGGGCCACCGAUAGCCAGACUGUCCACAAACAACAGCUAACAACAAGGCAGAACUAAAUACCAUUUUUUUUCAUCAUCUGAGUUGAAAUCUGCUGUCUUAAAGCUAUUUUAGGUACCACAAGGCUGUUUUGGCUCUGUUUUUAACAGCAUGAUAUUGCAAAAUGGUAUUAAACAUUUUUACCCACUCUAGUAAUACAUGUAAAUUGCAUUCUGUUAUCAAUUAUGAGAGGCGUUCAAUUAUAAACAAGAAUUUUCAUGCUCUGUUCUUAUAAGGAGGGCAAGGUAGACCUGACUCAGUGGACAAACACAUUCAUGUUUGAACUUGUUGUUAGUAGUGCUAGCUGCUUUUUCCCUACUUCCUGUCAGUUGUAAUCAACAUAUCAGAGCAGGAGGUACACAGUAGUGUUGCGCAGAGAAUUAAUAAUAAUAAUAAUUCAUUACAUUUAUAUAGCGCUUUUCUCAGUACUCAAAGCGCUAUCCACACAGGGAGGAACCGGGAAGCGAACUCACAAUCUUCCACAGUCUCCUUACUGCUUAAAAAUCAGUUUAGAGGUGAAUGCCUCUCUCAGUCUUGAGUGUAUGAUUGGUGCAAGCCAUUCAGAGAGGGACUAUCAUCUCUUCAGUCCACUUAAGUAUUUGUUAGGAGGGAAAAAAUUCACGUUGAAUGAGGAUGUUGACGCUGUGCAAGAGUGGGUCAACAUGCAGUCAAAAGACUUUUACUUUUCUGGGAUUAAGAAGCUUCCUGAGCGCUGGAACAAGUGUAUUGCAGUGGCAGGAGGCUACAUUGAAAAACAGUGUGCAAGUCAUUUAAUUGAAUUCAAUAAAUAAAGUGUAGCUCUAAAUUUCUGUUUAUAUUUGAAUGCCCUUUGUAUUUUAGAAAUGACUUGCUUUCGAGGAAACUCUGGCCUGUUGUUCAGGCAAGAUGUAAUCAUUACAUCGUGUCAGGCAAGAUGUAAUCAUUACAUCGUGCCUGAAGAAUGAGCCAGAGAUCCUCGAAAGCUUGCAUAUUGUAAUCUUUUCAGUUAGCCAAUAAAAGGUGUCAUUUUACUUGACUUCUCACUACAUCCAUAAUGGCUAACACAGUAAAACACCCAAGUACUAAAAACAGUUUUGUAAAAUUGUGAUGACGACUGGAAAAUGUGAAAAUCCUCUCCAUUUCAUAGCAGUUACCAAGUCUCUGAAUGCACUUGAAUGUUAUAUUGUGUAAAUUUUCUUACUGCUUUUUAAACCUUUUAGUUAAACUAGGUUACACUUCUGUGUUAGAAUACAAUAAAAUACAAGUAAAUAUAUCUAUGUUGUUUGGCUAUCCUUUUAUAACUGAUAUGAGCACAAAUUUAGAAAAUUAAGUUCAAUGUACUGUAUGCCAAUUUGCUAUUCAAACAUUUAGCCAAAUGAUUCUUAUUUAGGAGGAUACACAGUAGGUGUCUGCCUUCUUUUAUUGUUUAGGAUGAAAGGGAGUUAACCAUUUUUUGGGAAGGUUAAAAGCACAAAUUGAAUAAUUAUUUUAAAUUCAUGGUAUCUGUUGCAAAUAGCUCUACUGAGGAAAUAAGUGUUUACAGAUAAGUUUUAUAUUAAUAGCUGUUUACAUUGGUACUAAAUUAUGUGAAGGGAAGAAAUAAUGCUUUCCAUUAUUAAAUGUGUAAGAAUCCGAAAAACGUGUGUUGGAAAUGAUAAAAUUGCAAUAUAUUGUUUUAGAUGGAAGAGAAAUAAUGUUAAUAUCCACAGCUAGCAUGUCUAAAUUUUGUUGCUCCUGUGUGUAACAUACUGUAUCUAUGUAAAUAAAUAGAAUUUGCACAGUAGUUUGUACAAAUGGGUGGUACCCCAGGGUCGUUAGUCCAUAUUGUCAUAGAAAUCUGUAUUUAUAAAGAACAGAAAAAUCAGUAAAUAACUUGCUGGUAGGUAUAUUGUAUAGUUAAGCUAUGUACUGUAUAUUUCACAGUGAUGAUCAAAUAAAAAUGGAGCUGUGUCUGGUUACAA